CGAAAAAACUCCCUUUGUUUUCUCUAAUAUUCAUAUGAUCGACAUCCCUCACAUUGAUCGCUUCUUCCCUAUUUUGAUUCCCCUGCAAGGGUUUUGUUCAUUUUGUGGGAAGCCUAGUUGAGUUAUGUUUGUUGAGUGGAUCUGAUUACCUCUGCUGUUCUGGGUAUGUUGCGAAUAGGGAUAUAAGGAUAACCAUGGAUGCAAGUCAUACUAAAAUUGUGAAAAUAUGGUGUAAAAAUUGUUUCUUUUGUAUCAAGAAAUAUCCAAUUCCGAUUUGUAUUUUGCUUUUGUUCUUCCUUUCGUAUAUGUUCAUGCCUUUAGUAUACACAUUUUUAAUCUAUUCUUCCCCCCUCGUUGGAAUUCCGUUUAUUGUUCAUAGAGUUUUAUUGGGUAUUGAUCGUCAAAAGAUUAAAAAGGCUGAACAAGAUGAUAAAAGGAAAAAGUUUGCAAAGUCUCGCAGGAGUUUCAAAUCUAAAUAUGGUGAUCGUACCCACCUUAGUCGAAGAAACACCAACACGAAAACUGAUAAUUUUUGUUAUAGCGAUACGGAUUUUGAGGACAAUGACGACAUUUUCUCGAAGAGUUUGAGCGAACUUUUGGCUGAAAAGAGCUCCUUAUUUGAGAAAAAGCCGACAAAUAUAGGAGAGGUGAAUGUUGAAUCUGUUGUUGGAAGACAUGAAUGUUCGUCCUCAUAUGAUUACCGAAAAUAUGGUAAUCAUGUUAAUGAUGAUGAUCAUAAGAAUGAAGUGAAAGGAGGAUGUUGGGAUUUCUCUGCCGGCGAAGGUGAUGACCCACAAGAUAAGACUGUGCGAUGGGCAGAAGAUGAUCAAAAGAAUGUAAUGGAUCUUGGGCUUUUAGAAACUGAAAGAAACAAGAGGUUGGAGGGUCUGAUGCAGAGAAGAAGAUCGAAAAAAAAUCUAGGUUUUCAGGAUAAAGAUGCAACAACAGAAAAUAACAAUAAUGGUCAAAUUUCUGCCAUUAAAGUCGUCAAAAUAAAUCCGUUUCUGGAAGUCAGUUCAGGUGGUAAGAAGUCCCCUGGUUCAGCUCCAUCUUUGUUAGCGACACGCAAUCCUUUUGACCUUCCUUAUGAUCCUCAUGAAGAAAAACCUGAUCUUUCUGGGGAUAACUUUCAUGAAGAGUUAACAGCUAGUCACCACAAAGAACCGAUGUUUUGUAGGCAUCAAAGCUUCAGCUUGGGUGCUUUUUCACAUCCAGAUGCUACUCAUGAUAAUCGCAAAAUGUCUUUUUACAAAGAUCUUGCAACCAAGCGCUUCACCCUUGCUGCACUUGCAGCUUCAACCAUUGAUGAUAAUCCAAAAGAAGAAGGUGAAGAAGAUGGAACCGAGAAAAGAACAAAAGAAAUUGAUGCAUACCUCAAGGCUUCUAUGUCAGAAGGAAAUCGUCUACAAAGAAAUGCUAAUUCAUUCGAUUGUAGUCCAUCAACAAUGUUGGACGAGAGAAAAGCUGAUAUUGUCUUCUUUUAUGGGGGUAAGAAGAGAAUAGGCCACGCUCCAAGCAAUUCCAUUGUUUCUGACUUGCAGGUUGAGCUUUCUGACGAAGAAACUUCUCUAAAGGACUUGGAUUUAGACAAAGAAAAAGGAAGUUGGUUAAACUUGUCAAACCUAUCUAAAUCGGAUUCGGAAGUAGCUUUGAAACCAGAUGGAGAAGAAGAUGAUACAAAUCCUUUAUCUGAUGAACAUUAUGUAGCUCCUGAAGACAAUCCUGGGAUUAUAUCAAGCAGUGUGGUAUCAACCGAUCUACCCUCCUCAUCAACUCAAGAGAUGGACAAUAGGCCACAAUCAUUGAAUUCGGAUAUAGUACAAACCAAUCAGUUGCAAGAACCACCAGAUGGAUUAACAGAAGCAGCCAUUAGACAAGCUCAUGUUACCUCAAGUUCUCCCAAAUCUGUCUUAGAGAGAGGGUUUUCAACCGAUCAGACUUCACAAUACAACUUUUCCAAUGAGGUUCAACAACCAGAUAACCACACAUGAGAAGCUGAAAAUGGGCUACAUCGACCAGCAAUUCUUUUAGUGACAGAGAUCAAGAGAACUCCCAGGCUGGUCAAACAUCCUUCUCCAGAAAUUCAUAGCGAUUUCUUGGGUUGAUUAUCAUCUAGGAACCCUGGUGCCUAAGUGUCGUGCGGAGCUUGGUGGAUAAUCAAGUUCUCUCCCCCAUCUGUCUCUUUCUCAUUCAGAUAUGUUCAUUAUUUAGGCUAUUUUGCUAGUUAUUUGUAGGAUUUAGUCAGGUUUUUGGUUCUACUCUAUAACAAGCUUAAUGUAAUGGGUGUUGCACAUCGGUAGGGGUGGUUUAUGGCAUGAAAUCAUUAAAGAAUCAGGAGAUCGUGAGAUGCUGG